AGGGUUGGAAACGAAGAACAAAGCAAAACAUUCCAACAUGGUGGUGUCGCAGCAGAGCAGUUAUGCCCAACUCAAGGAUUUUGAUUACUAAACUGAUUACCUUGGGCAUAACUGGUUAUAAUUAGUUAAAUUUUUCUGUUUCUUACGCGGUUUAUACUCACUUACUGCUUCCUUCCUGCUUCUUUAUCUUAACAUUUUCUGAAUGGCUAGCUAGCUUACACAAUUCGGCUGGUGUCUAAAGAUUUCAAGAAUAAACUUGUUUUGCCUUCUCAUACCUCAAAACAACAAGAAAAAGAAAAUAAGAAGAAAAGUAACUUGCAUAAAAAAAGAAGCUCAUAGCUUAUAUGUUGCUUAAGUAUAUUUAGACUUGCUAUAGUUACCUGGAUAUAUAGCUAGAUCUAGAUUACUCACUAUCACAAAGAUGUCGUCAAAGGUUAAAGUUGCUGUAAGAGUUAGGCCACUGAACAAAAGAGAAAUUGACAUUGGCACUGAUGUUGUCAUUGAUAUGAAAGAAGAUCAAACUUUCUUGAAAACACCAAAAAAUGAAAAAAAAUCCAAGAGGAGUUUUGCUUUUGAUCACUGCUUCUGGUCAAUGGAUAAAAAUGAUCCAAAAUUUUCAAGUCAAGAAUAUGUUUUCAAAUGUCUGGGAACAGAUGUGCUUGAAAAUGCUUUUAAUGGCUAUAACGCAUGUAUCUUUGCGUAUGGUCAAACUGGUUCCGGUAAAAGUUACACCAUGAUGGGUACUUCUAGUGAUAAGGGAUUAAUCCCAAAAAUUUGUGAUUCUCUUUUUGAGCAAAUUGACCAAAAUAAUGAUGAAGAUAUCUCUUAUAAAGUUGAAGUAUCUUAUAUGGAAAUUUACAAUGAGAAAGUUCGUGAUUUGCUCUGUCCUAAAAGUGACAAACACAGUUUAAAGGUUCGAGAGCAUAACAUUCUUGGUCCAUAUGUUGAUGGCCUGUCCAAGCUUUUAGUAAAGAAGUUUCAGGAUAUUGAAAAUCUGAUGAGUGAAGGAAACAAAUCAAGAACAGUAGCUGCGACAAGUAUGAAUGCAGAAAGUAGCCGAUCGCAUGCAGUAUUUACUGUGGUCAUGACGCAGUCGCAUUAUGAUGAAAUGACAAAGGCCACUGGUGAGAAAGUUAGUAAGAUCAGUCUUGUCGAUCUUGCGGGAAGUGAACGUGCCAGCAAGACAAAUGCAUCAGGAGAUCGUCUUAAAGAAGGAUCAAAUAUUAAUAAGUCCUUAACAACACUUGGUCUGGUUAUAUCAGCUCUAGCUGAUCAGGCUAGCGGUAAAGCAAAACAAAAGAAAGCUUCUUUUGUGCCUUAUCGUGAUUCUGUGCUAACAUGGCUUCUAAAAGACAAUCUGGGUGGAAACUCUAAAACAGUGAUGGUAGCUACAUUAAGUCCAUCUGGUGACAAUUAUGAGGAAACUUUAUCAACCUUACGAUAUGCUGAUCGAGCAAAGAGAAUUGAAAACCAUGCUGUGGUAAAUGAAGAUCCUAAUGCAAAGUUAAUUCGCGAAUUACGUGAAGAGGUAGAAACUUUGAAACAGCAGUUACUUGCACGUGGUAUGCGCUCUGAAAAACAAGGGCUACAGGAGCAGUUGGAUGAAAGUGAAAAAUUGAUGCAAGAAGCAUCUCUUACUUGGGAACAGAAAGAAAAACAAACAGAACAGAUCCACCAGGAGCGUCACAAGAUUUUAGAAAAGAUGGGAAUAUGUGUUCAAGAUUCUGGCAUAGCUGUUGAAAAAGGCCGUUAUUAUCUAGUCAACCUAAAUGCUGACCCAUCAUUAAAUGAAAUGUUGGUGUAUUAUCUAAAGGACCAUACAAAGGUUGGAAGGCCUGAUGCAAAUACAAUCCAGGACAUUCAAUUAAAUGGUCUUGGUAUCCUUUCUGAACAUUGUAUCAUUGACAUUGAAGAAUCAGAAGAAACUGCAUACCUCAAACCUUUUGAAGGUGCCAGAACAUGUGUCAAUGGCCAAGUCGUGACUGACAGAACAAUGCUGCGACAUGGUGAUAGAAUCUUGUGGGGAAACAAUCAUUUUUUUCGCAUAAAUUGCCCACAUCCACUCCCACCUGCAGGUUCAGAGCCUGAAGAAAAAAUAGAUUAUGAUUUUGCACAAAAUGAGUUAUUGUUAAAUGAAUUUGACUCACUAGGAGUGAAGGCACCAUGUUGGCAAAAUGCCAUGGUUGCUCGUAGAAGAAAAUUUAAUGAGCCAUUACAAGUUAUAAUACAGCAAUUAGAGGAACAUCAUGAAAAAGAGAAGCAAGGAGCACUUGAUCAACAGAAAGAAAUGUAUGAACAAAAACUAGAAGAACUACGACGAGAAAAGACACCAGAUUCCCUAAUGACUGGACGAGCUAGUUCUGGUUAUGUUUCGGAAGACAGGCUCAUAAAUACUCCACAAUCUUUUUACGAUAGUCAAUUGCUGUAUGAAGAAAGUUUACGUAGGUUACGAGAAGAAGUCAUUCGAGCUAAUGUUCUUGUCAGGGAAGCAAAUCAGUUAAGCAUGGAAAUGAAAAAAGACACAGAAUUUGCUGUCACUCUUCAAAUACCUACAGCCAGUUUAAGUCAGGGAAUGAGCAGAGGACCACUAACCAGUGAAGUAGCUGUUGUUGUAAAAAGCAAGUCUCGAGGAACACAAGUUUGGUCUGUGGAUAAAAUUGGUAAUAAAAUAUAUGACAUGCGUGAUGCUUAUCAAAGUAUUGUAGAGAGUGACCCCUUGCAAGGUGGAAGUACUGAUACGGAUGACAUAGAUGAUGGUUUAUUCUUCGAAAUAGAAUGUCACACUCUAAUAGGUGUAGCAACUGUUUGGUUAGAAUGUUUAUAUCAAAAUGUACCGUUAGAUUAUUCUGCACCAGUAAUUAGUCAACAGGGAGAAGUUUGUGGCAGACUAUCUGUUGAAAUCAAACGAUUACAAGAUGAAAAUGCUACAUUGUCAAUAGAUGGUGACAGUUUUAGUGAUGACGAGGAUAACGAAGGUUUAUCUCUUGGAAGUUCAGUUAAAGUUCAGAUCACCAUAAAAGAAGUGCAUGGUCUACCACUUUCACUAUGUAACUACGUGUUUUGUCAAUACACAUUCUUUGAUCAAGGAUUGACUGUAGUACCUCCUUUAAAUGCUGCAACUUCCCCAGUCUCAUCAAGUAAAUCUAAUUCAAUGAUGUUUGAUCACACAAAGAUGUUUGUGAUUGAUAUCGAAGAAGAGUUUCUCGAUUAUGUGACUGACGGCUCAUUGGCAAUUGAAGUUUAUGGAAACAGAAGUCGUGGUUUUGAUCAAAAACCAAGCCCGAUAGUCACCCCCACAGAAAAUGAAGGAGAAAAAAGCAUGGUGGAUAGAUCACAGCUUCAGCAAAGUUUUGAAAGGACGAGACUUCUACUCAAUGAUUAUAUGGUGCCCAAAUCCUUUGCAGCAAUUCAAAAGAGAUGGAGAGAAUUAACCCGCCGUCUCGAGUUAUGGGUAGAAAUUCACGAGCUGAACGAACAAGGUUUCUACUCUCCUGUCGAGCUUCUCCAACGAGAAGGACAAGAAGCGGGUGGUGUAUUCAUGUUACGACAGGGUUAUUCCAGACGAAUCGUCGUUCAAUGCGUCGUUCCAAAGAGUGGUGCUAACGGUUUGUUACCUGUUGUGAUUGAAUCGAUCACAAACAUUGCGCUGGGUAGUGUUACUGUGCGUGGUAAAACACAGAAAGGCUUGGAUAGCUACCAAGAGAGAGAUUUACAAACGUUACGUGAUAGGUUUUCAAAUUCAGUGAUGAAGAGAAGAGAAUUUCUUGAUCACCAAAUACAAGAGAUGAUCAAUAAGUCAAAUAAAACACAAGAUGAUAAAGAACAUGAAGGAAUGUUGAUUGAUCAGUGGGUUUCUCUUACAGAAGAGAGAAAUGCAAUUCUGUGUCCAUCAUCUGGUAGUGGUGUUCCUGGUGCUACUAUGGACUGGAAUCCUUUACCUGGCAUGGAGAAACAUGUUCCGGUUAUAUUUCUUGAUCUAGAUGACAAUGCUUUAAGUGGAUGUGCAGAUAUUGAUGCUGAACCAGCAGGACACCACUCUUUUCUUUCUUUCGAACAGUCCGACAGCAUCAUCGGAUUACCUAUACUUAAGUAUGAUCAAAAACGUGUCACUGCUACGUCGUCCUGGGAUUCCUCCAUACAUGAUUCCGUGUACCUGAAUCGAGUCACGCCUAAUACAGAACGUGUUUACGUCAUACUCAAGGUUACGCUACGAUUGAGCAGUCCAGCGUUAGUGAAUGUUAUUUUACGUAAAAGGGUCUGCGUAAGAAUUUACAAACGACCAAGCUUAAAGGAUAGCUUGCGAAAAAAGUUUUGGAGACAGACGAAUGUACCUACAAGAUGUGGGAACACGUUUGAACUUAUAUCACACAUUCCAAGGCAAUCGGGUGAACAGACGGAAGAGCGGGAAUCUCUAGCUCAAAAAGCAGCCAUUCAAGUAGUCAGCGGUGAUGGUGAAGAAUUGAUGGACAGUGACGCUAUUGAGAAAUACAAUAAGGGAAUUUCUCAUGUGGAGAACAUUUUAAAUCUACAUAAGCUGCGGCAGGAGGUUAUAGUGAAAGAAAAAUUAGCGGCAGUUGGUCGCUCCAGCAAAUCUUUAACUGCUCGCAACAUGAGGAAAUUUGCGAGCACACCGAAUCUCUUCAAUGCGCCAAGUAUGUCUAACCUGUGGAGAUCUAAUAACUUUCCAUCAAAUAGUGAUUUAAAUAACAGUGAAUUGGGGCCGCCGCCUACGAAUGGAGAAAUUAACGGUAAACGACCUAUUGAUAUGGUACGGGCUUCACGUGCGAGCACCGGUGGCGAAUUCCUACGCAAUAAGAGAAAUCUUACUCCGCAAAAGAAUGAAGCACGGCACAGUUUUUACGGCUUCGAAAAUCGUCCAAGCGAAUCGUCUCCCCGACUAACACCUAGAGAGGUGACGAUAGAUAUCGGUGAAGACAGGCCGCAACCAUCUCCGCGUGAUAUGAUACCUCGUAAUUCGUCCAUGUCUGCAAUGAUAAACCUUCACCCACUUAUCGAAGAUGACGGACCUGGUUCGCCAAACUCACCUAAAGAUAAAGUUAUGUUUGGAAAUACGAAAGACACUGACACGGAGAGUAAACUUAUAGACUUAUCAAAUAAUAAAAAACAGGAAGAUGGAGAGCAGGUAACAACCACACCACGCUCUCUGUCGGAAUUUCCAACAGAUGUUGUGGAACAGGCUAAUCUUGAACGAUCGCGCCUCAUAAGAAGAGAAAGUUUACGAAAAGUGAAAGAUCUCCCUCUGCCCGAACAGGGAGUAACUCAAGAAACCGUUGCAACAGUGGAGAGUCCUAGAGAUCCUGGAAGUCCUCCGCCUGCAUUAAAGGUGGGAGAUGUUGUUCGAGUCAGUGAAACCAUGGAGGGACAAGUCCGCUUCUAUGGCCGCACGCAGUUUGCUGAUGGCGUGUGGGUGGGCAUUGCGUUAAGUAUACCAGACGGGAAAAACGAUGGCUCGGUGAAUGGUGUAAGUUAUUUCAACUGCGAGCCAUUACAUGGAUUAUUUAUUCGUGCAGAAAAGUUGGCGAAAAGCUGAUCAAAAAUACGGACCAGCGACCCUUUUUGUUAAGUUAUAUCAUACAUGCAGACCAGAGCAAAUAAAAUUCCGGUCUGUUGAAUAUAUAGUAUCCAGACAACCCGUAAGCUAGAUACAGUAUUAGAAAAUUCUCAUUUUGGUUGGAGAUAAUUUUAGUGGUGAAAUGUUUUUUGAAUUUGAAUUGUAAUAACUAUUUCUACUGUGCACUCGUUUCACUGUACAAAACAAAGAAAUGUUUCCUUCUAAUCAAGUAUUGCAGCAUAUCGAAGUGUACUCGCCUGCGUUUACAUGACACCAUACGUAAAGUAUUAGUUCCAGAUAAGCUUCACUGUAUAUCAACCAACCACGGCACUUUUAUUAAUAUUUUAUUAUUUGUAUUAUCUUAAACGCGCGUGUGUGUGUCCACGGAUGCGCGUAUUCAUGUAUUAUACUGAGAGUAUAUUAUCAUUUUCCUCGAACUUUGAAGGCUCAGUUUUGUAUUCGAAAUCUUGAACCAGGGACGUGGCCCUCUUGCAAUCAAAAAUUCGUUUUAGUCUUAUUUAUGUAGCGGUAAAUUAGUUUUCGAAAAUAUUAUUAGUAUUUUCAACCUCAGUUUCAGGAUUGAUGUGCCAGCGUGAAAUAAAAUUUAAAAUAGUCGUUGGAUGCGAGUCCUGGACCCGAGGUUGUGAGUUUUUUCUCUUCUAUAUGUAAUGAUAAAUUAUAAUUGAAUUCUGCCCUACCUUAUUUGUACUAAUCAAUUUUAGAAUUGUAACAACUUUGUUACCAAACCUUAAAAAAGAUUAUAGUAACACAA